AUGUCACAGGCCAAGCGUGUGCCGUUGGCAGAAACCAACCAGAAUGUCCCACUGCCGGCAAGCAUCAAGCCUAAGGUUAAACAGGCACCAUCUGCGGUCCAAAAGCUAGAACGUGAGGAUGUUGUGGAAGUGGUUAAGCGUACAGAAGUCACUGUCGAGAAACAAGAGGGUGCAGAAGAAGACGGCUCGAAUGAGCUGUUGCUGAAAAAACAACGUAAACCAGAAGAUUCCAAGUCUAUAGUCAGCGGCCUGGCUUCCGCUGCUGCUAAGUCAGCUAGACUCGUCGGGGACGAGCUCAAAAGCUGGCAGGACUCCUGGCGUAAGAUCAUGCGUGAAUCCGUGGUCUACUUUGAUACACAAGGCUGUGAUUCUAACAACCAAACCCAGCAUAACGAGCAAAAGAGAGCACAGCGUGCUUUGAGACUGGUAGGUUGUGAAAUUGUGCCUUUCUACGAUAGAGAUGUCAGCAUUAUUGUCAGUCGACGUCAAUUCAGCACCUCAAAAUCCUACCCUAAUAAUGACAUAUUCCAUGACGCCGUGAGCCUUAAGAUCAAGGUCUGGGACUACGAUAAGGUAUUCAGAUUCCUCAAGAACUUGGGUGUGUCCGACUCCGGAUCCCAUGAGCGCACAGGUAACUUAUCUAAUCUUCUUAAAGAAGAAAAGAUCUUUGGCUCAGCUGAUAGAGAUCCAAAUGCAAAGAGAGAAGAUUUGUACUACUUGGAGAAGAACUUUCUCUACAUUUAUGACUUGUCCCAAGCCGUGCGCCCCAUAGCCGUCCGUGAAUGGUCUGGCGAAAACUAUCCUUCAUUUUACUACACGCUUGACGGAAAGUGUCCGUUCAUUCCCGACACAUCAGAUAAUCUGGAGAGAAAGAAGUUGCGCAGGAUACAGAAGUUUGACGCUACUAAGGACUACAGAGAUCUUCUAAAGAAAGUUACUGACGUCAUCAUAGGUUAUGCUCGUGACAAGAUCACCAUAAACUCAUCUGCUCUCACAGAAACCAGCACAAGCACAGAUUCCGCAGAGGCUACCGACAAUACGGUAGUCGACGAGACCUGUAGCGCUGAGUCGAAAGAGGACGACGAGAUAAACGUUGAUACGCAUCAUGACUUCAACUUCAAAGCUCCUGCGGGAUUGAUGAGAAAUUCCUCUGUCAUGCAACCAUUUAAUAAUUCUGUAUCGCAGUCAAACUCCAAGUUUUACGACGUUGUUGCAUCCGGAUACAAUGGCGCCUCUAACGCUCAAUCUAUUUCUAUGGAUUCUGUGCUUAACAGCGCUGCCCAACAGCAUGCUCACCAAGGCAAUGGUCUUGGACCUGCCGUCUCACAAGUCCCAUCGAAGAACUUGAACAAUCUCAAAAGGCGUAUAUUCAUGAAGAAACACAUGCAGAAAACCGAUUCUCGCGAGCGAGAGAGGGAGCGUGAAUUGAAGCCUGGUUAUUGCGAGAACUGUCGAGUCAAGUAUGACAGCUUUGAUGAGCACAUCAUGUCCAACAGACAUCGUAACUUUGCAUGCAACGAUGAAAACUUCAGGGAAAUCGAUGACCUCAUUGCCACGCUUAACGAGAGUAAGUUCAUGGGCUACGUCGCCUCCAAUGGUGAUUACAGAUUGAGCAACGGAACCUCGUCUGGUGCUUCUAAGCCAGAAGAGUCCUCGGGUGGGAAAAGACCAAACCGUUUCUCCUUGCUUUACGGUGAAAAGAACAAACCAAAUGGACCAACUGGACCAAACAGGUUCCAGAAAAGACCUCAAAAUAGACACCAGAACAGAUUCGACAACAGGAAUGAGAAUGUAAAUGAGAACAGAAGCGAUAACAGAUCAGACAAUAGGCCUCAGAGGAGACAUGAUAACAGACCUGAUAACAGAACAGAGAACAGAUCCCAUGAAAAACCUCCAAAGAAGCAGGCAGAUAUCCCCAAAAAGCCUUCGAACGAAGAAGAGGCUGCUUCCACUAGCAAGAUCCAGACAUACGAUCAGAUUAAGCAGCGCUUACAAGAGCGUAUGAAGAAACUGAGUGGCAGUGAACCUGCAAAGGCUCCGGUCACGAAAAAGAAGACUCAUAAAAAACCUGUUAAAAAGGAUAACAUCAAAAUCAAUAUCCCAACUUUCGUGUCAGUUUCCAACUUAUCUACUAUCAUGGGCGUGCAGCUUUCUAAGAUGCUUCCUAAGCUUAGUGAGCUUGGUUUCGAGAAUAUGAGCCAUAACUUUAUCUUAGACAAAGAGAAUGCAUCCCUUAUCGCAGAUGAGUUUGGUUUUGACGUCUCCAUGAGUGAUGAAACAGGUUAUGAUCUUUUCCCAGCCCCAGAGAACGAGAAGUUUCUUGAACCUAGGGCCCCAGUUGUUACCAUCAUGGGACAUGUGGACCACGGUAAGACCACAAUUUUGGACCAUUUAAGGAAGACUUCGGUGGUUCAGGGCGAAUUUGGUGGUAUCACCCAGCACAUUGGUGCGUUUUCUGUGACGACGCCCAUUUCAAAGAAGAAGAUUACAUUCUUAGACACUCCUGGUCACGCUGCUUUCUUGAGUAUGAGAGAGCGUGGUGCUAUAGUUACAGAUAUUGUGAUUCUUGUGGUCGCUGCUGAUGAUUCGGUUAUGCCGCAAACGAUUGAAGCCAUCAAGCAUGCCAAAAAGUCUGGUGUACCAAUCAUCGUUGCAAUUAACAAGUGUGACAAACAUGGUCUUAACAUUGAUAAGGUUUUAGCUGACUUGUCCAGGUAUGAAAUUGAUAUCGAAGACUACGGUGGAGAAACUCAGACUGUCAGAGUUAGUGGAAAGACAGGUUUGAACAUGGACAAGCUCGAGGAAGCAGUCAUCACUCUCAGUGAACUCAGUGAGUUCAAGGCUGAACCAAAGGGUGUUCCAGCUGAAGGAUGGGUCAUUGAAAGUGAGGUCAUCAAGGGUUUGGGCAAUGUCUCGACAGUAUUGGUAAAGCGAGGAACGAUAAAGCCAGGAAGCUUUUUGGUUGCAGGUACCACAUACUGUAGAGUGAGAGGCAUGAAGGAUGAGAAUGGUAAGACAUUAAAAAUGGCAGGGCCAUCGACUCCUGUUCAGAUUUGGGGUUGGAAGGAUCUCCCUCAGGCUGGAGAUCAAAUCUUGCAAGCUGAUUCAGAGAAAGUGUGCCGUAAGGUUGUGAGAAACAGAGAAGAGAGAAACAAUAUCAUUCAACAGUCUAAAGAUAUCGAGAAGAUUAAUGAGAUGAGACAGGAAGAACUCAACGAGCUCAAGCGUCAGGAGAAGAUUAAUGAAUACAAGUUGGCUGGCCUUGAUCCCCUGGAACUCAUGAGUGAGGAGGAGGUCAAGAACAAGACAACUGUGGUUACUUACAUUGUGAAGUCAGAUGUCUAUGGAUCAGCUGAAGCUAUCAAGGAGAGUAUUGACGGCCUUGGUAAUGACGAGGUUAAAGCCAAGGUGGUUACAUAUGAUGCUGGUGCCCCUACUGACUCUGACGUCGAAACUGCUGCCACUGUUGGUGCUACCAUCAUGAGUUUCAACAUGAAAGUGCCCAAGCAGAUUCAAGUCAAGGCUGACAGAGCUGGUGUGAAGAUCUUUGAGCAUAAUGUGAUCUACCGUUUGAUAGAGCAGGUCACUCUGGAGUUGACAUCCAAGUUGAAACCCCACAUCGAGAUUAAGGUCCUUGCAGAGGCAGACUUGAAGACCGCUCUUCUGAUUACAGGUAAGAACAAGACAGUUAUUAAGAUUGCCGGUUGUAAGGUCAAUACUGGUAUCUUAAAGAGAUCUUCUAACAUCAGAGUUUUGAGAGAUGGAGAGGUCAUUUACAAGGGUAACCUCUCAUCGCUCAAGCAUGUUAAGCAAGACAUUUCAGAAGCUGCCAAGGGAAGCGAGUGUGGUUUGGCUUUUGCCAACUGGGACAAGUUCCAAGAAGGAGACAAGAUAGAAGCAUACGAGGAGCACGAAAUCCCGCGCUACUUGUGA